ACGCGCACGUAAUUGGACGGCAGCGAGCCCGUCGCGUGUUAACGGUUCAGUCAGGGCUCCGGCCGGCGGUUGCAUUCGCUGACGUGAGAUAGAAAGGAGCCGAGCAGCGACCGUCGGAGCUAUGCCGGGCCCCCCACGAUGAUCUGGACGGCGAGGCCGGGCUGACUAGAGACUGACGGCGCAGAAGCGCGCUCCUCUCCGUACGCACACACAGCGUCGCCUCAGGCAGCACGACGCUCGCCAGGCCGCGGCCUAGUCAGGGGGAUGCCGGAAUGGAGACCCACAUCUCCUGCUUGUUCCCGGAGCUGCUGGCGAUGAUCUUCAGCUACCUGGAUGUCCGAGACAAGGGCCGGGCGGCUCAGGUAUGCGUGGCCUGGCGGGACGCGGCCUACCACAAGUCCGUGUGGCGGGGGACCGAGGCCAAGCUGCACCUCCGCCGCGCCAACCCUUCCCUGUUCCCCAGCCUGCAGGCCCGGGGCAUCCGCCGCGUGCAGAUCCUCAGCCUGCGCCGCUCCCUCAGCUACGUCAUCCAGGGCUUGCCCGACAUCGAGAGCCUGAACCUGAGCGGCUGCUACAACCUGACCGACAACGGCCUGGGCCACGCCUUCGUCCAGGAGAUCUCGUCCCUGCGCUCCCUGAACCUCAGCCUGUGUAAGCAGAUCACGGACAGCAGCCUGGGCCGCAUCGCCCAGUACCUGAAGCGGCUGGAGGUGCUGGAGCUGGGGGGCUGCUCCAACAUCACCAACACUGGCCUGCUGCUCAUCGCCUGGGGGCUGCACGGCCUCAAGAGCCUCAACCUGCGCAGCUGCCGCCAUGUCUCCGACGUUGGCAUUGGUCACCUGGCUGGAAUGACCCGCAGCGCCGCCGAGGGCUGCCUGAGCCUGGAGCAGCUCACCCUGCAGGACUGCCAGAAACUGACGGACCUGGCCCUCAAGCACAUCUCCCGGGGGCUGCAGGGGCUCCGCGUGCUCAACCUCAGUUUCUGCGGGGGCAUCUCGGACGCGGGACUGCUGCACCUGUCACACAUGCGGGGACUGAAGAGCUUGAACCUGCGCAGCUGCGACAACAUCAGUGACACCGGCAUCAUGCACCUGGCCAUGGGCAGCUUCCUGCGCCUCACCGGCCUGGACGUCUCCUUCUGUGACAAGGUGGGUGACCAAAGCCUGGCGUACAUCGCUCAGGGCCUCUACGGACUCAAGUCCCUGUCCCUCUGCUCCUGUCACAUCAGCGACGACGGCAUCAACCGGAUGGUGCGGCAAAUGCAUAGCCUGAGGACCCUGAACAUCGGCCAGUGUGUCCGCAUCACCGACAAGAGCCUGGAGCUUAUAGCCGAGCACCUGAACCAGCUGACUGGCAUUGACUUGUAUGGGUGCACCCGCAUCACCAAGAGGGGACUGGAGCGUAUCACACAGCUGCCUUGCCUCAAAGUGCUCAACCUGGGGCUGUGGCAGAUGACCGAGAGCGAGAAAGUCAGGUGAGGGCCACCGUGCCCAGCUCUGUGCCACUCAAGAGACUUCUAGGACUUGACUGAUGCAUUAUACUGCCUGGUAGGGCCACAAGAGCUGGGAGCAGAACAGGGCCAUGUAAGGUGCCAGGGCUAAGUGGCAUUAGCCCGUUCUGGCAGUGCUUAUAACAGGGGUUGCUACCAUUGGUAUUGCAAGAGGUUUGAUGGAAAGGAGUUCCCGGUGGCAUAGGUUACCCACUAGCAGUGCCCUGUGGUCUGAUCCAUCAUGGUGAUAGGCAGAGGUCCAUGGAGAUCCCUUCAGGCCGCACACUUGCCACCAUCUUGACAGCUACAGAGCUCUGCACCAACAUCUGCUGAGUAGAGCGGCACUGAGCAGGCUGCCAGCCUCCGACCAUCUCACACUAAUAACACAAAGGUGGUUGUGAUAGCCGGGCAGCAGAGGCAUCCUGAUGUGGUUAACUUAUGCCAACAACCUGUCCCUUUUCUACAGUAUAAGGAAGGGUUAAUGGGAGCUGCGCCCGUAACAUUUCUUAAGUUUUCUUUUUCUAUGUUUGUUUUGUAAGUAGGAGAAACUUUAUCCAACACAUUCCCCCCUGGUCCCGGAGACGGGGCCCUUUACUUACGAUAUUCCUGAAGGUCGGCUACCUCGUUUUAAAUUUUUUUUUUUUUUUUUUUAGGUAAAGCUGAGUUUGCCCUCUUCUGUUUGUUUUUAGUGCCUAAACUGGAACAAUGUCGUUUUUCGUUUGCUCCUGUAGACAUUUCUGCGUCCUGGUAGAACGAGACUUUUUUGAUCUGUUAUGUAAGGUCAGGGACACACGUGACAGAAAAUUCUGCUGCAAAAACAUGUAAUACAUGCGUUUUUGGCAGCGGAAAAUCCAGCAGAUUUCACCCUCUCCAAUGGAAACUGAGAAAUCCGUUAAAUAAAUUGACACGCUGCAGAUUUCAAGGCCGUGAAAUCGCU